CUUAGUUUAGGUAUUGAUGUGUUUGAAUGAGUCAUGUUGAUUGGAAACUACUGUACACUGUUCACUACCGCAGUUGGUUUCUCGAUAAUUCAUUCAUGAGGUUCAAUUUGGUUGAAGAUAGCGAAUAGGAUUAAUCCAAAUCCACCGAGAAUUCAGCCAAAAUGAUUGGCAAAGUAAUUAAAGUCCUCUUGACCACGUUAAUAAUCCUGUCUUCAGUCUCAACGGAUUUAAUAACAAAUCCACCAAGUUGGAGCAAGAGUAUCUUCUCCAAUGAAGAAUGCAGAGAAGAAAGACAGCCAGUUGUCGAGUACUACCACCACAAUGGAAUGCAGUAUUUAUUUUUCUCCCAGCGUGUCACAUGGGAGGAAGCCAGAAUGCUCUGCCGAAGCUAUAACUCACGAUUGGCACUCCUCGAUACAAUGGAGAAGGCAUUGGGUGUGGCACGAUCGAUAGCUGAAUCAAACAUAGUUAUGGAGGACACUUGGAUUGGAGGACGAAGAAUUGAUUUUGUAUGGUAUUGGAUCGAUAAGGAAACAGGUCCAUGGAGAAAUGAAAUUUCCAUGGAGCCUAAUGUUGAAGAUUAUCCACCAUGGAGUAGAGAGCCAACCAGACCAACUAAAGAAUGUCUGGCUAUUGAUCGCCGGUCACACGAGCAUCCAAUUUUUAUCGAUGUCGAUUGCAGACUUCAGAGGCCUUUCAUCUGCGAGAAAAGGGACGGUGAAGUUAUCAGCAGUCCAGUUCCUUCUAAGUGGGUACAGAUUAAUCGAAAUAUUUAUGUCUUGUAUCAUGGGAGAAUAACUUGGCGAGAAGCAGCGACUUUCUGCAGGACCAAGGGAGCUAGGCUGGCUAUUCUAAAAAAUUCUGUGGUUGUUAAUAUUCUUGCUAAUAGUAUGGCAAAGACUAGACCAGACUUUGAAACUGUAUGGAUUGGUGCAUAUUACUCAUACGGCCAGUGGGUUUGGAUGGCGACUGGUUCAAUUCUGAACUCGCUAACGGACAAAGGUGGUUAUCCACCUUGGAGAUUCGGUCGUCCUGAGAAAAAUAACGGAUGCUUGUUACUGGAUAGACAUAUCGAGGAUAAUUCUACAUUUGUCGAAGUUGCCUGUGAUCGCAAGAGAGAUUUCGUCUGUGAAGAAUAUUCUGAUGACGAAGAGGAUGAUUGGAUGGACGAACCAGUGAAGUUCUCCUUCGAGAACAGCACGUACAUAAUCUACCCAAUCGACAAAACCUGGAAAGAUAGCAGAGACUUCUGCAAUGAAAGAGGAAGUGUCCUGGCGUAUGUGGAGCAUGCGACUGCGGUUAAUUUAAUUAUCGAAGCGAUGGGAGAUCAUCCCAGGGAGAUUGCCCACGUGUGGCUAGGGGGGCAAUACAAUAAGAAACUCGAUGAAUGGCGCUGGCUAGGAAAUAAUCAGAAAAUCCUGAAGGAAAAGGAUGAGUUUGGAUUCCCUCCAUGGGCCCACAUCGAUGGAGAGGUCGAUAUGGAUUCGGACAGUACUGCUUGUCUGAAUUUAGACAGAACUGAUCAUGUAAAGCCUCACUUCUACGGACUGGAGUGCAAUAGCAAACAAUCGUUCGUUUGUAAAAUAACAUGCGAUAUACCUCCGCCGAUACAAAACGGAAAUUGGACCUGCACUGACAUCACCGACGGCCGGCAAUGUCUCUUGCAUUGCGAGAACAAUCUGAUAAUGAUGGGACUCAAGGAUGUUACCUGUAAAUCUCAAAGUGGCUGGAUAUCUGGAAAUAAUCCAAUGGAAUUUCCCCUGUGCCUGCACCCAAAAAUGUUUACUACAAGAAUGAUUAGAUCAUUGAGCCAAGAUAUUCAGAAAAGUUCUGGAUACUAUAUCAUCUUUGACCAUUCAUCAUCGAAACUGAAGCCUAUUCUUCUGGAAUUUAUUGAGCGCAUUGUCAUCUCAUUUCCUGUUUCGCGCAAUUUGAAAUUCGGAAUGACGACAUACCUGACCAAUCCUCCAACGCAUUUGCCAUUCAAUCAGACGGACAAGUGCGCAGUGAUUUCAGCGGUUCGAGCAUUACAAAACAUCACGUAUGACAUUACAACCGCAGAUGUAAACAUCAGUAACAUUCAAAAAGACAUAUCUAUGUACAACGGUCGUAGAAUAUCGAUAAUUGCGGUAAUCGAUGGUAAGCGUGGAGUUGCUUACACAGAUGCUCUCAUGCAAUUCAAAGCAGUGGGACAUCACAUUGUUGUUGUAGGACUCAGAGAGGACACUGAGACACUCCUACCACUGGCAACGAUUGGUAUCGACAGGAGAAUUAAUCUGUUUUUGUUUGAUGAGGCUGGCAUUGCUGCUGUUGUCAACGAGAUCAAGAAGCAUGAGAGGAAGCGGCCGAUAUGUUCAGACAACUCACAAACCGGCUAUACACCAGCUUUCAGAUAUUUAGGAAUCAAUGAGACAAAUCCUAUCACACAGAAUAGGAAGAAUUUACAAGAGCCGAUAGAGACCUUUUCGUCAACCCCUUUAGUUUUAACAGACGUACAAGAAAACGACGAGAAUCCCUGGAAAUUAGUGAUUCGUUCAUCUACUAGUCCUAAAUCUACCGCAGAAUCAGAAUACGAGGACCUACAAUUUCGAAAAAUUCCUAGAGUCACUGCCAAAGCGGACGCAAAUCCCUCACAAGAAUCAAAUAUAAAACGUGAAACUGAUAUUGAUGAGGAGGAAGAUGCCUAACUCAGCCUCACUUAUUUUCUUUGGCACUUUAUUAACGUAACAAAGUACGAAGCUAUGUACAAUUACCUUAAAGUAGUAUGGCGUGUCAGAUUGUAAAUCUUAAACAAUUUUAAAAAAUGCC